GUUUCCACAGCAACUGUCCAUCCGCUUCUGCCGCUUCUCUAAUGAGGACAGACAUUCGGAUUUAAUACGGUUCCUCGUUGCGCGUCUCCGCUUUUUGGGCUGAAUCUCAAGACGCGUCAAAGGUCUGCACAUGGGGGCAGGCAAGAGCAAGCCCAAGGAGCCAGGCCAGCGCUCCAUGAGCCUGGACGGUACCAUCGGCACAGGCUCCGACAGCGGGCACUUCCACCACCUGGGCCCCGCCCAGCAGACCCAAACCCCCAACAGGAGCCCUGCAGUGGGGACGGGCAGGCGGGGGCAUCAGGGGCAGCACCAGCACGCCCCAACAAACACUCCUGAACUCGCUCUGUUCGGAGGUGUGGAUCACACUGGCACCAUCACUUCGCCUCAGAGGGGACCCCUGUCAGGAGGCGUCACUACAUUUGUGGCACUGUAUGAUUAUGAGUCACGGACAGCGUCUGAUCUGACCUUUAGGAAAGGCGAUAGGCUGCAGAUUGUCAACAACACGAAAAAGUACAGCUUCAGAGAAGGGGACUGGUGGCUUGCUCGCUCCCUGACGACAGGAGAAAGUGGAUAUAUCCCCAGCAACUAUGUCGCUCCAUCCGACUCCAUCCAGGCAGAAGAGUGGUAUUUUGGGAAGAUCACUCGCCGUGACUCUGAAAGGCUCCUUUUGAACUUACAGAACAGGCGGGGAACCUUUUUGGUGAGAGAGAGCGAGACGACUAAAGGGGCAUAUUGCCUGUCAGUGCUGGAUUAUGACAACACAAAAGGCUUGAAUGUUAAACAUUACAAGAUCAGGAAGCUGGACAGCGGAGGUUUUUACAUCACCUCUCGCACCCAGUUCACCAGCCUACAGCAGCUAGUCUUCCACUACCGCAAGCAUUCUGAUGGGCUGUGCCACGCUCUAACAGAUGUAUGUCCAGUGGCCAAACCUCAGACCCAGGGACUCGCCAGAGAUGCCUGGGAGAUUCCCAGAGAGUCCCUCCGCCUAGACCUUAAACUGGGACAGGGCUGUUUUGGAGAGGUCUGGAUGGGGACAUGGAACGGUACAACACGGGUAGCCAUAAAGACACUGAAGCCUGGUACCAUGUCUCCAGAGGCCUUCCUCCAAGAAGCACAGGUCAUGAAGAAACUUAGGCAUGAAAAACUAGUCCAGCUCUACGCCGUGGUGUCGGAGGAACCCAUCUAUAUUGUGACAGAGUAUAUGAGUCAAGGUAGCCUUCUGGACUUCCUGAAAGGAGAUGCAGGAAAGAUGCUCCGUCUGCCUCAGUUAGUAGACAUGGCCGCUCAGAUUGCCGCCGGUAUGGCCUACGUAGAGAGGAUGAACUAUGUCCACAGAGACCUGCGAGCGGCCAACAUCCUGGUGGGAGACAACUUGGUGUGUAAGGUGGCUGACUUCGGUCUGGCAAGACUCAUUGAAGACAAUGAGUACACAGCAAGACAGGGAGCCAAGUUCCCAAUUAAAUGGACAGCACCGGAGGCAGCUCUGUACGGACGUUUCACCAUCAAGUCUGACGUCUGGUCCUUUGGUGUGCUGCUCACAGAACUGGCAACUAAAGGCAGAGUCCCAUAUCCAGGUAUGGUGAACCGCGAGGUGCUCGAUCAGGUGGAGCGUGGAUACCGGAUGCCCUGUCCGUCAGAGUGUCCAAGCUCCUUACACGAGCUCAUGCUUUCCUGCUGGAGGAAGGAUCCUGAAGAGAGGCCCACGUUCGAGUACCUGCAGGGCUUCCUUGAGGACUACUUCACCUCCACAGAACCCCAGUAUCAGCCUGGGGAGAACCUAUAG